CCAUCAAACAGUGUCCGUCAUCAGUCCAACGAGUCGCACCGGAGAACCGUUUCCAGCUGCAGUGAAAAGGGUUGCGGUCAUUAUGUUGCCUCUAUAACGGAUUUCUCAGUUCCGCCGUUAUGUUAACUAGUCUUCUAUAGGAACAUAACCACGGAUAUAAAUAUAUAUAUUAAGGUUUUUGGUACCCGAAACUGUGGAUCUGUUAGAUUACAUGACCUUGUACUGAAUGUCACAAUAAAAGGACCGUAUAUAGCCCAAUCUGUCGACACGGGGAACUCAGAUACUGGCCUGCAAAGAUGGAGCUCACCACACAUCUGAUAAAUGACACCAUUAAUUUAUAUAAAUGGGCCCUUACCAUCGCAGACAAGCGAGUGGAGAAAUGGCCCCUUAUGGACAACCCACUCCCUACGUUGACCAUCAGUUCCUCCUAUCUGCUGUUCCUGUGGCUGGGGCCCAAGUACAUGGAGAAGAGAGAACCCUUCCAGCUCAAGAAGACACUCCUCUUCUAUAACUUCAGCAUGGUCAUCUUCAACUUCUUCAUCUGCAAAGAGCUCUUCCUGGCGGCUCGGGCGGCCGGCUACAGCUACAUCUGCCAGUCUGUUGACUACUCAGACGACCCCAAUGAAGUCCGGAUAGCAGCAGCGUUGUGGUGGUAUUUCGUCUCUAAAGGAGUAGAGUACCUGGACACGGUGUUCUUCAUCCUGAGGAAGAAGUUUAACCAGGUCAGCUUCCUACACGUCUACCACCACUGCUCCAUGUUCACCCUCUGGUGGAUCGGCAUCAAGUGGGUCGCUGGCGGACAGUCAUUCUUUGGUGCACACAUGAACGCAGCCAUCCAUGUCCUGAUGUAUCUGUACUAUGGGCUGGCCUCCUUUGGACCCAAGAUCCAGAAGUACCUGUGGUGGAAGAAGUACCUGACUGUUAUACAGAUGGUCCAGUUCCAUGUUACCAUCGGCCACACUGCUCUGUCCCUCUACAUGGACUGUGAUUUUCCUCACUGGAUGCACUAUGCCCUGAUCUGCUACGCCCUCACCUUCAUCGCCCUGUUCGGUAACUUCUACUACCAGACGUACCGCCGUACGCCGCGCCAACCCAGGGAGCCCAAGGCCGCCAAGGCUCUGUCUAACAACGGGGUCUCCAACGGGCUGUCCAAGGGACUGGGGAACGGAGCUGCGGUGGGGGUGCUGGUGGGGGGCAAGGUGGAGGUAAAGGAGAGGUCAUCUGGGGUGGACAACGGGAAUGGAAGGAGAAAGAGGAAGGGGAGGGCCAAGAGGGAUUAGACGGAGGGGAGGGGUGUAAGGCUGAAGCAGGCUGGCACUAACAGGCCUUGCUGUUUAAUCUUAUUAUACCUCCCACAUAGCACCCUAUUCCCUAUACAGCACAUGACUUGUAGGUGAAGGUGUGGUAAGAGGCUGGAGUCUAAUUCCAUUUCAAUUCAGUCAAUCUAAUGACAUUCAAAAUUUCCAAUUUUCCUCAUUGGCUUUGAUUGGGGAAAAUGUGAAUUUCAGUUAACUUUCUGCGUUUGGCUGAAUUAAAAGGGAAACGACCCUGGUAAGAGGUCGCGACGUGUCCAUGGUGACCGUCAUUACAACUAAUCCAACGUUCAGUAGUUUCUGGUCUGGAAAACAAUAAACAAUCAACAUGUUCUCUCUCUGUACUGCAGUGUUGAGGUUUGUAGCUAGCUAACCGACUGGUUUGUAGCUUGCUAACCGACUGGUUUGUAGCUAGCUAAGCGACUGGUUUGUAGCUAGCUAACUGACUGGUUUGUAGCUAGCUAACCGACUGGUUUGUAGCUAGCUAAGCGACUGGUUUGUAUCUAGCUAACCCACUGGUUUGUAUCUAGCUAACCCACUGGUUUGUAGCUAGCUAACCGACUGGUUUGUAGCUAGCUAAGUGACUGGUUUGUAUCUAGCUAACCCACUGGUUUGUAUCUAGCUAACCCCCUAGUUUGUAGCUAGCUAACUCACUGGUUUGUAGCUAGCUGAUUUAAUGGUGUUAGCUGAUUCGCUGGUGUUUAGCUAGCUAACCCACUGGUAACAGUUACACUGCUAUCUAGAGACAGGAACACACCACACACGUAGUUUAAACAUUCAAUGUGUACAUAUGCCUUUUAAAGAAUAUGACUUACUCAUUCUGUCAUUUUUGUCCUUUGUCCAGAUUUGUUGAUUCAUAUGAUGUGAGGUAAGCCAUUGAAUUAUUCAGCCCACUCACACUGUUGCCAUAAGCAGAGAGAGAGAUAGAGAUAGAGAUCGGUCAUUUUACAUGCCACAUAAAUGUUGUAAUGGUUCAUUUUUAUCAAUAAGACAGACUCAGCUGUUGGCAAUCCUAGCCACAUAUUGAGAUUGCAUUAAAAAAAAUUGAGCUCUUGAAAUGCAAGCUAAGCUUUAUCCAAUUACAACUUGGCCAGUUAGACUUGUUUACUGUACAUGGUAAUAAAAAACAUCACUCAUUAUUAUUAGAAGAGACAUUCGGUUAGAGACAGCGGAAUCUAGAAGCGACAUUCGGUUAGAGACAGCGGAAUCUAGAAGCGACAGUGGAAUCUAGAAGAGACAUUCGGUUAGAGACAGUGGAAUCUAGAAGUGACAUCCGGUUAGAGACAAUGGAAUCUAGAAGCGACAUUCGGUUAGAGACAAUGGAAUCUAGAAGAGACAGUGGAAUCUAGAAGAGACAUUCGGUUAGAGACAGCGGAAUCUAGAAGAGACAUUCGGUUAGAGACAGUGGAAUCUAGAAGAGACAUUCGGUUAGAGACAGUGGAAUCUAGAAGAGACAUUCGGUUAGAGACAGUGGAAUCUAGAAGCGACAUUUGGUUAGAGACAGUGGAAUCUAGAAGAGACAUUCGGUUAGAGACAGUGGAAUCUAGAAGUGACAUUCGGUUAGAGACAGUGGAAUCUAGAAGUGACAUUCGGUUAGAGACAGUGGAAUCUAGAAGAGACAGUGGAAUCUAGAAGCAACAUCCAGUUAGAGACAGUGGAAUCUAGAAGAGACAUUCGGUUAGAGACAGUGGAAUCUAGAAGAGACAUUCAGUUAGAGACAGUGGAAUCUAGAAGAGACAUUCGGUUAGAGACAGUGGAAUCUAGAAGAGACAUUCAGUUAGAGACAGUGGAAUCUAGAAGAGACAGUGGAAUCUAGAAGAGACAUUCGGUUAGAGACAGUGGAAUCUAGAAGAGACAUUCGGUUAGAGACAGUGGAAUCUAGAAGUGACAUUCAGUUAGAGACAGUGGAAUCUAGAAGAGACAGUGGAAUCUAGAAGCAACAUCCAGUUAGAGACAGUGGAAUCUAGAAGAGACAUUCGGUUAGAGACAGUGGAAUCUAGAAGAGACAGUGGAAUCUAGAAGAGACAGUGGAAUCUAGAAGAGACAUUCAGUUAGAGACAGUGGAAUCUAGAAGAGACAGUGGAAUCUAGAAGAGACAUUCGGUUAGAGACAGUGGAAUCUAGAAGAGACAUUCGGUUAGAGACAGUGGAAUCUAGAAGAGACAUUCGGUUAGAGACAGUGGAAUCUACAAGAGACAUUCGGUUAGAGACAGUGGAAUCUACAAGAGACAGUGGAAUCUAGAAGAGACAUUCGGUUAGAGUGGAAUUUUGUCCGAAAUGUUUUCUUGAUUUUUUAUUUCACUGUUCUGUCCUGGUUGCCUCCACAUACAAUAUCACUAGUUGUCUUACUCAGUGAAGGUGGAGCUGUUGAGCAGAGCCAAGUAGACGUACAGUAACUGUGAAGACAUCCGCUAAUGGAAUAUCAGGGCGAAUCAAAACACCUAGUCAACUGGGAGACGCUGUUUUAUCAACCAAUCAAAUCGAAUGAUCGAUUUGAUUGGUUGAUUUGAUACGCUGUUUAGGCAAUAUCAGCUGGUCAAUGUGUUUAGUUAGUGUACUGUAUAUACUGCUUACUGAAGGACCGUGUGCUCUACCUAACCGUGACUCGUGUAGAGUACAACACGACACAGUCUACUCGAGAGCAGAAAAUUCAACCAUGGUAUCACGCCAUGUAAUAAGAUGUUAUAUCUUGUUUUUUUUAAAUAGAUUUUUAUUGUUCCUGUCUUAAAAUAUAAAUAGUUGUUUUCUCUUCUUCUUCUGAAUGGCAAAGUGCUUGUCUGUGUUUUAGUGUUCUUGAAGACUUGUUUAAUUUGUAUAUUAUUGCGUGUUGUAUAUAUUAAACGCUGUGUGAUUUUGUACAUUUUGUGCUUUUUUCGGGGCGUGGAAAAGUUCCCAACUGAUUGCCAUGAUGAGCAGAUAUUUCUCUUGCACGUUCUUUUCAAAAUGAUCAUGACUUGUUUCAAAACUCAUAGAUACAAAAUAAACAGAAUGCCUGUACAUACA